AUGUCCAUAUUAGAGAAAAUAAUUGUUUUUUCUGUUUUGGUACAUAUAAGUGUCACCAAAGAAUACGUUCUAAACAACAAACCUUUUCCCAAAGAAAGAGGAUUUAGUUUCGGAACUGCCACCGCCGCAUAUCAAGUAGAAGGAGCAUGGAACGAGGAUGGUAAAGGAGAUAGCUGCUGGGACUAUUUUACGCAUACUUUUCCAAAUAAAAUAGUAGAUAGUACUAACGGGGAUAUUGCUUGCGAUUCCUACCAUAAAUAUAAAGAAGAUGUUGCCCUUUUGAAAGAUAUUGGUGUAACUCAUCAAAGAUUCUCUAUUUCAUGGCCAAGAGUUUUACCAAACGGUUUGAUAAAUCAAAUCAAUCAAAAGGGUAUAGAUUUUUACAGAAAUUUCAUUAAAUUACUCAAAGAAAACGGUAUAAACCCAGUUGUGACCCUAUCUCAUUGGGACCUACCACAUAAUCUUCAAAUGCAAGGUGGAUUUCAGAACAACAACUUCCCUGACUGGUUCGGUGAUUAUGCUAGAUUAUGUUUUGAAAAUUUCGGAGACGAUGUUGAAUAUUGGAUUACUUUCAACGAGCCUACGAUACAAUGUGCUGGUUAUGGAAGAAAUCUAUUUAUGCCAAAUGUGGCGGCAUUCGCACCAGGUUAUAAUCUUACUACAGUUGGAGGAGAAUACGUGUGUAUGCAUAAUUUGAUCAGAGCUCACUCUGUAGCUUACCACAUUUACCAGAAAGAAUUCAAACAUAAGCAGAACGGAAAACUCACUAUUGCCCACGCCGCAUCGCGAUGCUAUCCAGUUUCCGAAAGCAAAGAAGAUUUAGAAGCAAGUGAUCGUUGUAUGCAAUUUUCGUUGGGAUGGGUACUUCAUCCAAUUUACUAUGGUGAUUACCCCGAAGUUAUGAAGGAACGUAUAGAUUACAGAAGUAAAUUACAAGGUUUUAGUCAAUCACGUUUGCCUAAAUUCACUUUAAAAGAAAGACUACUACUCAGGAAAACUUCAGAUUAUGUGGCCAUCAACGCUUACUAUACUACAUACGGCAAAAACAUUCCGGAACCGGACCUUAAAGUGAUCAGUCUAGAGAGUGAUGCUAAAAUUGAAACAUCUUUAGCCGAGGGAAUUAGGAACACCGAAGGAAUGGAGGAUUUAUUACUUUGGGUACACAACGAAUAUGGAAAACCAGAUAUUUUUAUAACAGAAAACGGCCUUGGUUUGGAAAGUAAUUCAUUGAUAGAUGAGGAACGAGUGAAUUUCAUUAAGAAUGGUAAUGGUAACUUUUUACAGCAUUCCUUGAGUCGAUUCAGAGAUGCUAUGGAUAAGGGUGUCACUUUAUUGGGUUACACUGUUUGGAGUUUAUUGGACAACUUUGAAUGGUUCUUGGGAUACACGGUGAGAUAUGGAUUAUUUGAGGUUGAUUUCAAUAGCCCCAAUAGAACUAGAAUAGCCAGAAAUUCGGCGGGAUGGUUUAAGCAAUUCAUUGAAGUACCUUGUGUUCAUUUAAACUGCUGCGCCAUGGCUACUUCUAAUACGCAGAGAGGUGUCAGUGACGCAGCACUUGAUAUUAAACAAGAUUGUCUGACAGCCUCAUACGUUGCUGUAACAAAAAGUAGAUAA